UUUCGCUUUAAAACCUGCAACUCGCCGGUCCAAAAAUCCCAGUUCAGGCCGUGUCCGCCAUUAGCGCUUUUCUUCCCCAACCGGCCGAGCCUGAACUCAACUGACAUGGAUCGCCAGAGUCCGAAUCAUCGUUUUUCUCGCUCUUCUCUAAUCUUCCUUCUCUACUUCCCUCUCUUCUUCUCCAGAAUCGGAGCUCUGAGGAACCGGAAGGCUUCGAACUCCUCGUCGGUGUCGGCACUUUUGGUGUUCGGAGACUCGACCGUCGACGCCGGAAACAAUAACUUCGUUCCCACAAUCUUCAGGAGCAAUUUUCCGCCUUAUGGCAGAGAUUUCCCCUUCCAAAUCCCCACCGGCAGAUUCUCCAAUGGCCGCCUCAGUACUGAUUUUAUAGCUUCUUACUUGGGAGUGAAAGAGUAUGUUCCGCCGUAUUUGGACCCGACGCUUAGCAUUCCGGAGCUGAUGACCGGAGUCAGUUUUGCCUCCGCCGGCUCCGGAUUCGACCCGCUCACUCCCAAAGUGGGGAACGUUGUGUCAAUUUCAACACAAGUGGAGUAUUUCAAAGAAUAUAAACAAAGAUUGGAGGCUGCAAUCGGGAAGCAAAGAACCAAAAAUCACAUAAAAAAUACAGUCUUCUUUAUCAGUGCAGGAACCAACGAUUUUGUCAUCACUUACUUCACUUCACCCCUUCGAAGGAAGACCUUCACUCUCUCAGCUUAUCAGCAAUUCAUUAUUCAACAAAUCACCCAAUUUUUCCAGGCUUUAUGGGCCGAAGGUGCGAGAAGGUUUGUGAUGCCGGGGCUAGCGCCGAUGGGGUGCUUGCCGGUGGUGAUCACGUUGUACUCCAGCAACGCCAUCCUAGACCGCGGCUGCCUCGACCGCUACUCCGCCGUGGCCAGAGACUUCAACGCUCUCCUCCAAUCCGAACUGCUCUCAUUACAGAAUCGCCUCUCUCAGAAAUCCCCCACUUUCAUCGGCUACAUCGACACGUACGGCCGCAUCAUCGAAAUGAUCCAUGGCGUCGGAAAAUACGGGUUUGAUAAAGUGGACGUGGGGUGCUGCGGGAGCGGGUACCUGGAGAUGUCGCUGAUGUGUAAUUUCAAAUCGCCGGUGUGCCCAGACGCCGGCAGGUACGUGUUUUGGGACGCGAUUCAUCCGACGGAGAAGGCUUAUUACAACCUCUUCCAGGCUGGCAUCCCUGCCCUUGAGUAUAUCACCGCUGACUUGCGUUGAUUCUUUUUUCUUUUUUUUUUUUUUUUUACCAUUCUAUU